UUAACCCUGACCGCGCCUGACAAGACCACCGCUCACUGAGUCCUGCUAUUCCUGGAGCGGGACCGCUGCAGCUUGAAGAAUGCUCACGUAUUUUCAUAUCUCUCAUUUUGACGUUGGACGGCAGCCGGAGAUAAAUUAGGACAAACAAAUAAGUGAAAAUAACCUCCUCUGACCGAGUUUGGUCUCAGCUGAACAUUUAGGGCUCAAUGAAAGCGCUGCCUGUGGUGUAUCGUAAGGCGACUGUCUCCAUAAAUACUGUCACCAAACCAUUUCCUAGUCAAUAAACAGUGAAUUACGCAUGACAAUUUAAAUCAGGAUUAGCUGAUGUGACUUCUGAUAUGGACACGUGUUAGAAGCUGCGUGUGUCCGUUUGUCUGUAGUGGUGAUGUUGUCGUUGCUGACAUUCCUGGAAAAACACACACACACACACACACACACACACACACACACACACACACACACACACACACACACACACACACACACACACACACACACACACACACACACACACAUGCGAUAGCUUGAUUCGAGCGUGAUUGCUCAACUCUUCAGCUGUUCAGGCUGCUCCCUCUAGGAAAGCUACAUAAACAAACGUGAGUGUGUUCAACAUCAGGUGCACUCAAUCAUCUUCUCUCCUCGCUCCCUCCUGGCUUCACCUCAAACCCGUAGCUCUGCUCCAAAGAUGGUUUGGAUCUUGGGCAAACAUCCCCUUCUCCGGGAGGCUCACGCGUCCUUUGACUGAAACCAACCGCAGCCUAAUAUUUGCAGGCGUGUUGUUUUACCGUCCAGCAUGUUUCCCCACUCCUUUGUGUGCUGACUGUGUUUCACUUCAGUGACCCUAAGCUUUUAACCUGAAAGAUCCAUUCUGACGCGGCGCAAGCGAGCGAGGGAUGAAGAUGAAGGGCGGCAGACCGGCGGCUCAGCCCUGCCGCGUUCUGUUGUCCGGAUGGAUGACUUAGAAAGUGGUUCUUUGACGCCUGGUUGGAGACGUUAUCAGCGUCAGCGUCUGCAGGCCCCGUAAAACUGCAGGAAUAAAAAGAGGGCGUUUGUGCGGAGCGGAGUGGGGAACAGGGUCUGUGACUGUCCGCGGGGCCCCACGGCCGCCCCGGGGCCCCGGCCCCCCUCGCGCGGGGCGUGCUCUCUCAUGGAGGCGCUCUCUGUAGAGCCUCUGUCGCCUGCAGCUGAACCAGGUCAGGUGGGAAUGUUUUCCCUCGCUUUCUAGUAAUUUGUGAAGUCGUCAGUGCGCUCCAUUGAGAGCAGACUACCUUGAACCGGGCCGAGUGGACGGGAGGGGCCGCGGUGGGCUGCUUUCAUGUUUUAUGCGCUAAGUGACGCGAAUGCCGACAUUCGCAGCAGAUUUGCAAGUACUGCAGAGCGACUGUAUCAGUAAUGUAAGAGUAAACUCACCGUCAACACCUGGAUGUAGUGAAACAUUCCUGUGUGUGUUUGUGCGGCGGGGCUGCUGUUAUUGCAGCGAGGCGGAGGGGCGGAGCUGAAGGACCACUGGGGAAAGUGAGACGCUCGCAUCGGAGGCUCAGACGGGUUGGAGACCGCGGGCAGGAUGGAUGUGUGAGACCGGAGCAGCGCGUCCGACGGCCCGGCUGCGUUUCUGACAGAGAGAGUCUGCUGUGGCAUGAUGAUUUGGUGACACACAAACCAAAGAUUGGACCAUAGUUGGACGUAUCAGCGCGUCACCAGAGCCAUGGCAACGGCCGCUCUCACCGGAUUCUCCAUGAUGAGCCUGCUCAGUCUUGGCUACCUGACGUGGGACCUGAUGGGUCCUAAUCAGGUGGAAAAGGACCCGGGUCAAGCGUUGGGCGGCAGGGCCCCCGCCCCGCGGCCUCCCCACAUCAUCUUCUUCCUGACCGACGACCAGGGGUUCAACGACAUCGGCUACCACAGCUCGGACAUCAGGACGCCCACGCUGGACAAGCUGGCCGCCGAUGGGGUCAAGCUGGAGAACUACUACAUCCAGCCCAUCUGCACCCCGUCCCGCAGCCAGCUCAUCACCGGCAGGUACCAGAUCCACACCGGCCUGCAGCACUCCAUCAUCCGGCCCCGCCAGCCCAACUGCCUGCCCUUCCACCACGUCACGCUGCCCCAGAGGCUGCAGGAGCUGGGCUACUCCACCCACAUGGUCGGCAAGUGGCACCUGGGCUUCUACAAGAAGCAGUGCCUGCCCACGCGCCGCGGCUUCGACACCUACUUCGGCUCGCUGACGGGCAGCGUGAACUACUACACCUACGACUCCUGCGACGGGCCCGGCCUGUGCGGCUUCGACCUGCACGAGGGCGAGUCGGUGGCCUGGGGCCACAGGGGCAAAUACUGCACCCACCUGUACACGCAGCGCGUCCGCAAGAUCCUGGCCUCCCACGACCCGCGCGCCCAGCCGCUCUUCAUCUUCCUCUCCUUCCAGGCCGUCCACACGCCGCUGCAGUCGCCGCGCGAGUACAUGCGCCCGUACCGCGGGCUCAACAACGUGGCGCGCAGGAAAUACGCCGCCAUGGUCUCCACGGUGGACGAGGCGGUCCACAACGUGACCUACGCCCUGCGCAAGUACGGCUUCUACCAGAACAGCGUCAUCGUCUUCUCCACCGACAACGGCGGCCAGCCGCUGUCCGGCGGCAACAACUGGCCGCUGCGAGGACGCAAAGGCACCUACUGGGAAGGCGGCGUCCGAGGCGUCGGCUUCGUCCACAGCCCCCUGUUGAGGAAGAAGAGGCGCGUGAGUAAAGCCCUGGUGCACAUCACUGACUGGUACCCCACACUGGUGGGACUGGCGGGCGGCAACGAGUCCCUGACGAAGGGGGUGGACGGCUAUAACGUGUGGGGAGCCAUCAGCGAGGGCAAAGAGUCCCCCAGGCUGGAGAUCCUGCACAACAUCGACCCCCUCUACAACCACGCACGCAGCGGCUCCCUGCAGAAAGGCCACGGCAUCUGGAACACAGCCGUCCAGGCCUCCAUCCGAGCCGGAGACUGGAAACUCCUGACGGGAGACCCCGGGUACGGAGACUGGAUCCCGCCGCAGGUGCUGCCGGGCUUCCCCGCGGAAUGGUGGCAGCUGGAGCGCCACACGGCGCCCCGGAGGUCCCUGUGGCUUUUCAACAUCUCCGGGGACCCGUACGAGCGCUACGACCUCUCUGAGCAGAGGCCGGACGUCGUCAAAGAGCUCUUGGCCCGGCUGGUGUACUACAACCGCACCGCGGUGCCGGUGAGGUACCCGUCGGAGGACCCGCGGGCCGACCCGCACCUGAACGGGGGCGCCUGGGUGCCCUGGGUGGGAGACGAGGAGGAGGACAACUGGGACCGCGUUCACCGGAGAAAGAACAAGAACUGGAAGACAAAGCUUAAGCUUUACAAAAGCAGCUUGUUUUUUAGGAGACUUAACACGAGGAUCAUGUCCAACAGGAUUUAAAGACCAGCUGAGUGAUGGAGAGAAAGAUUCAGCAAAGUCUACAUUCAGGAUGUGUCUGCUUGUCUGUUUCCCAAAGAGCAGGCUUCAUUCUAGUGGCAUAUAGUGUUUUCCUGCAGAAGUACUGUGUUGUACUGUGUGUUGUACUGUGUGUUGUACUGUUCUUUACCUAUAACCUAGAGAAGUGUGAGCUGGUUCUAAUGUAAAGACUAAAGUACUGUAUGGAAGCGUCUUGUUCUAAACACCCUGCUCAGGUUGGGCUGUUUUAAAAGGUCACAAUCACUGUUUGUGACAAGGAAAAAUGAUCUGCAACCAUAACCAUGACUAAUAUACAAAAUGUCUACCUCUGUAUUAAUGUGACAUUUCCGUUCUCACAUCUUCCUAUUUAUUUUUUCCUAAAUGGAGGAAACAUGUCGAUGUUUGAAAUAGGUAAAAGCGUAAUUACAGGGAUCAUUAACAGCUUUAAUGCCUGUUGUCAUUUUGUGUUUCUCAUAUUCGCACUGACUCUUUUAUAAAAACAGACUGAAGUUUUUAAGGUAAAACAAAGCAGAGACAGAAUAGUGG